AUCGUUUCCGGAGCUGGAAAAGCAAUCAGCAUGUUACCUGUUAUAAAGUUAUGAUGAACUCAAUACUGCAGAAGAAUAUGCCAGAUAUUAUCUAUGUCGAGAUAAUAGGAAAUUUAUACCGCAACGUCUAGGAAUAAACAAAACCACUUUCGAUACCUGACUUUGGAUGGGAUCUCAUAGAUAUGAUUCACGUUCAGCGAGUCUUUAUAUUUUAGUCAAUUUGAUUUCCAAUUAUUAAUUGCGAUAACGCUAGCAAAACAAAAUUCAACUAACCAAUCAAUGGUUAUGGUAUUCUUGGAAAUAUAUUGACUAUCUUCAAUAUUUGAAACACAAACUUGGCUUGAGGAAAAUACUUCAAAAUGCUGCUAAAUAGAGCGUUGCGAAUGUUAUUCGUAGCCUAUUCAUAUUUGACUAUAGCGGGCGGUACAGCAACGCUGAAUUUCUUCCUGAAGGCGUACUCAAAUCCUACGAGUAGGAUGCUUGACGGUAACUGUUGUGAUGCGGUCAGAAAAGAAAUUGAUUGCAAAAGCCAAUGUGAUAACAUGUUUCAGUUUUGUUUAACGACAACAUCAAGUGGGUUGAAAGAGAAGGAUUGUGAUGCUGAUUUAAAAACAGGAAAAAUAUUUAGAAAUAUGGACGAAUUUAAUUUUCCUGAUCGUAUAGCUACCGAUGACGAGACAGGAAAAAUGGCAAACCCAUUUAAAUUUAAAUUCACAAAUUGGACAGGAAACCUUUUCUUCGAAGUAGAAAUCUGGGACCAUGAUAGUAAGGAUGCGAAUGAUCGUAUAGACCACUUCUUUCAACAAAUACUACUUCCAGCCAAUGGAUUACCACAGAUUCAAACACUGAAAGGGACAGUUUCAAAUACAACAGUGGAGUUAAGUAUUUCAUGCGACCCAGGAUACUACGGAGAGAACUGUGAAAAAUACUGUGACGCUUCCAAAGGCGAAAAUCGAUACUUCUGUGGGACUGACGGACCCAAGUGUUUUCCUGGAUUUGAAGGUACUCUUUGCGAAAUUAAUGUGAAUGAAUGUCAAAGUGACCCAUGUGUUAACGGCGGCACCUGUGAAGACCUGAUCAACUCCUUCAACUGCGCAUGUUCGCUUGGCUACACAGGUUCUGUGUGUGACCAAGAAGUAAAUGAUUGCAAUAGUGAUCCUUGUCUUAAUGGCGGAGAGUGUGUCGAUGGGAUGAACCAGUACACAUGUAAUUGCAGAGGAGGAUUUACAGGAGUUAAUUGUGAGAUUGAAAUAAAUGAGUGCCUUAGUUCCCCCUGUGAAAGUGGUACCUGCGUCGAUCGUGCUGGUUCGUUUGCCUGUUCAUGUUUUCCAGGAUACACAGGAACGAUGUGUUCCAUCAACAUUAAUGAAUGCGCGAGUUCACCUUGUAAAAAUGGGGGCUUGUGCUCUGAUUUGAUAAAUAGCUUCUCCUGCGCCUGUCCUCCCGGAUUCGAAGGAAAGGUAUGUGAUGAGGAUGUAGACGAAUGUGCCAAAUACACUCCGUGUAGGAAUGGAGCAACGUGCGCUGAUAAAAUCAAUGCGUAUGUUUGCACUUGUGCAGGAGGGUUUACUGGGUCUACUUGCGCUACCGAGACCAACGAGUGUUUGAGUGGCCCGUGUAGUAAUAACGCAACGUGUAUUGAUAAGGUCAACGCGUAUGCUUGCGAGUGUUUACCUGGAUAUCAAGGAGUUCAUUGUGAAACUGACAUAGACGAGUGUCUGCAGUCUGUGUGUGCUUUUGGCACAUGUGUAGACGGAGUCAAUUCGUUCGUGUGCGAAUGUCAGGACGGUUAUUCUGGAGAACUCUGCAACAUAAAUGAUGACGAUUGUAAAGAUGGACCCUGUAUGAAUGGAGCCAACUGUGUCGAUCUAGUAUCAGGAUUUAAAUGUGAAUGUGUCGAUGGAUUUAUCGGUGAAAUGUGUCAAAUUGAUGUUAACGAAUGUGCUACUAAGCCAUGUAAAAACAACGGUACAUGCGUAGACGGUAUUGCACAGUACAUCUGUAAAUGUGUUAAAGGAUUCGAAGGAGCUGACUGCGGGAUCGAUGUUGACGAAUGUCAGAGUUCGCCUUGUAAACAUUCUGGCGAUUGUCAAGAUAUGGUUGGGUCGUAUGCGUGCACAUGCGCGGACGGUUACAGCGGUUUUAAUUGUGACGAGGAUAUUGACGAAUGUGCUAGCUCACCAUGUUUAAAUAACGGCGCAUGCACUGAUGGAAUCAAUACGUACACGUGCACAUGCGCCGCUGGCUAUCAAGGCAAAAUGUGUAACAUUGAGAUGGAUGAAUGCGCAAGCAACCCAUGUAAAAACUUCGCAACUUGUACAGACGAAAUUGCUCAAUUCAGUUGCCAGUGUACUAAUGGUUACUACGGAAGGUUAUGUGAAAACGAAGAGGACGAAUGCCUCAGUUACCCUUGUUUGAAUAAUGCAACAUGCAUCGAUUUGGUUGCUAAUUAUUCUUGCGUCUGCAUAGACGGAUAUUCAGGUGUGAACUGUGAAACAAAUAUUAAUGAGUGCUUCUCCGACCCAUGUGAAAAUGGCGCUGAAUGUAUCGAUUUUGUGAAUCGUUACCAGUGCACAUGUUCAGAUGGGUUUAAUGGUAUAAACUGUGAGCUGAACAUUAAUGAGUGCGAGAGCACCCCUUGUCAGAAUAAUGGUACGUGCCAUGAUUCUGUUGCAAGUUACAUCUGUAAUUGUCAAAGUGGAUUUGAUGGGGUACAAUGUUCUAAUAACAUUAAUGAAUGUAUUAGUAACCCGUGUAGGAAUAACGGAACUUGUGAAGAUCGUAUUAAUGAGUACAAGUGUCAGUGUAAAGCUGGAUUUUCUGGGGGAAAUUGUGAGGUCGAUAUUGAUGAAUGUGAAAGCACACCAUGUGAACACGAUUCAACGUGCAUCGAUGAAAUUGACUCGUAUGUUUGCGAAUGCGAACGCGGGUAUACUGGCAAAAUGUGCGAAGAAGAUAUCAAUGAAUGCAUCAGCUUACCAUGCCAAAAUGGCGCUACCUGUAAUAACUUAGUAAAUAUGUUUACGUGCUCAUGUGCAGACGGCUACCAGGGUACGCAGUGUGAAACCAAUAUCAACGAGUGCCUGAGCAGUCCGUGUUUACAUAACGGCACUUGUUCGAAUCUGAAAAAUGCGUUUAGUUGUCAUUGUGCAAAUGGAUACGACGGGGACAUAUGUGAAAAUGAGAUAGACGAAUGUUCUAGUUCGCCAUGUCAAAAUAACGGCGAGUGCGCAGACCGAUUGGCCAGUUACGAAUGCAAUUGCGCGCUGGGGUAUAGAGGGCGUCAUUGUGAAAUAAACAUUAAUGAAUGUGACAGCGCCCCCUGUCAAAAUAACUCAACAUGUAUGGAUGCUGUAAAUAAGUUUGAAUGUUUAUGUUCACCCGGUUUUACAGGGAUUACAUGUAACAUUGAGAUAGACGAAUGUGAAAUUCGACCAUGCUCAAACAACGGCCUAUGCACUGAUUAUGUAAAUAGCUAUUCUUGCGCAUGUCGAGAUGGUUUUGAUGGUAUAAAUUGUGAGGUAAAUGUAGACGAAUGUGCCAGUCAGCCCUGUAAUAAUGGAGGGAUAUGCGUAGAUGGAAUUAAUCGCUACGAUUGUGACUGCGCAAUAUAUUUUGCUGGCCCAACAUGCUAUAUCGACUCGAGGGCCGACGGACUAUCAAUGCUGUUUGAAGGACGAAAUUUGGAUUUAAGUAAACUAGAAACUAGUUUCGUUGCUAUUUUGAUGAAUGAAAUUAUCAAUGCGCAAGAUGUGACGGUUGAGUGCUUUGAAAUCCCCACAACAGAUGUUCAGACCACUGAGGACGUGACGACAGUUGUGUUUAUUGUGCACAUUAAUGAAUCAUUCGUCAGCGGGCAAGAGAUUAAGGAGAUAAUUGAUCUAGUACCGAUGGAAGAGCUACAGAGGAUGCUGCCCUACGAGAUUUAUGACACACGGAAACAAAGCCAGAAUUGGUUCGAUGUGUACAUGAUCUGGAUUAUAGGGGGCGCUGCAUUAUUAGGGGUUUUUCUGAUCAUCUUGCUGAUUGUCGUCUGUUGUACGCGUUUGAAGUCGAAAAAGGUUCGUGAAUAUUCAUUUGAUAACAAAUCUGAAGACUUGUGGAUAACGACACGUACCAUUGGUCACGUCAGAACACCAAAGGAUAGUAUUGCUGAAAAUGACCAAUUAGAGUGUCGGGUAUAGACAGUAAAAGUGCUGCAGUCAAACGUUAAUUCAUUCCAGGCAGCUGACGUCCAAGGCUUUCUAAAUUGCUGCAAUACCUUUAGGUUUAAAAAUGAGCUAAAAGAGGGAUGCUUAUUUUCAUGCGCGAAAUUUUCGGUUGCAACAAAUAUUGUUUUGUUUAUUUGUUAACUAACCUUUUGCUAAGUAACGGAAGCCAAUCAGUGUGCUAGUAAUACUUUAGUUUCAUUCAGGACGUAAUCGUAGAAAAAUAAGUAGAUUACAUGUCCCUACAAAGUAUAUACCGGUGCUUAUCUAACUUAUGAUAUAAACAAGACAACAAUAUCAGCGAUGACAGAUAAUUGUAUCAUAGUCAACUUUUCUUCAAAAAAGUUCGCGAUGUGAAUUGCUGGUAGAAGCACAAAAUUACAAAUGCAGUAGCCUUGAAAUUGAAUGUUGGCCAUGGUUGCACUUUUUUUCAUAAGAACACAUUUUAUAAGAACACCAAGGCUAAAAUUGCUUUAAAAAUACAAACAAAAUAAGAACAAUUUGAGGCGCGGCUGAGGUAAAAUAUCAAAAUGAGGUUUUUAUGAAAAACCAAAAAAAAAAACCAAAAAAAAAAAACAAGAACAAAACAACAACAACAACAACAAAACAACGAAUCCAGCAAGUCACAUACAAUAAAGUAUUAAUUAAUGUUUAAAACGAUUGUAUCUAUUCCAUUAACGUCACCAUAUGCGAUGUAAUCGAGAGUUCUUCAAGGAACGACACAAAAUACUCGACUGAACUUGUAGGCUACUUAAAAUGUAUAAUUUCCUCCUCAAACUAGCCGUUCUCAUAGUCUCCGUACCUUUCUGCCAACAAGGUUGUACGGUAUUGUUUAAAAUAAGAACAAAGUAAGAACAGCCUGACCCUGAAAUUGGCAAAAAAAAAACUGAAACUGAGCAAAAUUUUACUGGUUCUUAUAAAAAAAAGUGUAACAUAACAUAAUAAGAAUUUCAAAACUACAGGCUUAGUGAGUAAGGGCUCCGAGAGACAGAUGUGUUAAGGUGUAGAUAUUAAAUUUUAAAAGCAAAGCGAAAGGUCGUAGUAAUUAGAUUUGUUAUUUCAAUCCAUGUAGGCCUACAUUUAUGUAAAUGAGUCGACUUUGUUAAAUCCACAUGUACAUUCAUGUACAGAUUGAUCCCCGUCUGUUAAAGAUAAUGUAUUUGAGUUGAGUUUUCUAACUGUAUAUCCAUGUUUACAUUGUAAUUUCUCCAUAUGCUAUUGUAUGGUACAGUGCACGCGAAUUAAGAGAUGCUAAAAGCAGAUUGUUCUUUUAUUAGAUGAAAUUAUGUAUAUAAUAAUUGUGAUUGUAGAAUACGCUUUUUUAUCAUCUGUUUUAUAGAAUACACAUGUGUCAAUAGACAGAGAUACAAAUAGUAAUUUCAAAGUAAUUACAAUAAUGUACGUUUAUUGUAUCUAUUAGUUUGGUGAUGUAAAUUUUUAAUGUUCACACAUAAAAAAAAUGACAUGAUAAUAUUUAAAAAAAAUCACGGAAUAAAUCUCAUAAAAUGAGAUAUAGGCCUAUGCUAUCUCCAAAUAACUGUAUCAUUUUGUGUCGAAAUGUUAAAUACUAGAUUAAAUUUAAUGAAUUCCCAGUACUUUUCAUGAGUUACCGUUAUAGGCUAAACAAAAUCGAAUUUGCGAACGUACUUAACGACAAACUAAAAGAUUCGGGUCGGUUCGUGAAGCUAGACUUGUUACUUUAUAGUCCUUGGCGCCUCAAAGUCGGCCUUGUUCUUUAUGUCUAUGUUUUACCUUAUAUACUGUAUAUUUAUUAGAUUAUGGUUUAUUUCUGUUUUUUUUUCUUUCAUUUAGUUAAAUGUAAUUUCUUCUCAUAAAAUAGGCCUGCAGCCAGUACUUGAUGAACAACACAAUAAAAGAAACACACAAGUAGAAAAGAAUUCCCAAACAGCGAACACUGUCACAAUAGAUCUCCAGCAAAAUUCACUGAUUACUAAAAUAGUUGGACAAAAAAACUAUAUCUAUGUCUGAUAAAAAAAAAAUAGAUAAAUGACACAAAUAAAUACAAAAUACAAUAUUAAAAA